AUGAAGUCAAAUGAAGUCUACCAAAAGGUGUUUGCCAGUAUGAUGGCAUCCUCAGCAGAGGAGGAUGACCAUCAUGCGGAUGAAACUCGAAGGACUGAUCUUUGGCAGCAAACCCUUCAGGCGGCUGUUGCAGCAACAUCACAAUCCGAAACUGCAAAAAAGCGUCAGCAACAACGGAAACCAUUGCGGCCAACUAAUAUUGUCGAAAAAAGUGAACGGUCGCUGCUGUGUUUAACUCUUUCGAAUCCCCUCAGGAAAGCUUGUAUUUCAAUUGUUGAAUGGAGACCAUUCGAAUGGCUUAUUUUGUUUAUGAUAUGUGCAAAUUGCAUAGCACUAGCUGUAUAUCAACCAUAUCCAGCUCAAGAUUCAGAUACAAAAAAUACGAUUCUGGAACAAAUAGAAUAUCUAUUCAUAAUAGUAUUUACAAUAGAAUGCAUAUUAAAAGUAAUAGCAUUAGGAUUUUUAUUUCAUCCAGGCGCUUAUCUUCGAAAUGCAUGGAAUAUUCUUGAUUUUAUCAUCGUCGUUAUUGGACUUGUAAGCACAGCAUUAUCGAGAAUGAAUAUUCAGGGAUUCGAUGUAAAAGCAUUAAGAGCAUUUCGAGUACUACGACCUCUACGACUUGUUUCUGGAGUACCUAGUUUACAAGUUGUACUUAAUGCAAUAUUGCGGGCAAUGAUACCAUUAUUACACAUCGCACUUUUAGUUAUGUUUGUUAUCAUUAUUUAUGCAAUAAUUGGCCUCGAAUUAUUUUGUGGUAAAUUGCAUUCAACCUGUUUGGAUCCCGCAACUGGCCAAUUAGCUCAACACACGCCAUCACCAUGUGGAUUUGCUUCUUCUGCUUUUCAUUGCCAGCCAAAUGGUCAUUAUGAAGGUGUUCAAUGGAUAUGCACAUCAAAUACAAGCUGGCAAGGACCAAAUAAUGGGAUAACAAACUUUGAUAACUUUGGUUUAGCUAUGUUAACUGUUUUUCAAUGUGUCUCAUUAGAAGGAUGGACUGAUGUUAUGUAUUGGGUAAAUGAUGCAGUUGGUCGCGAAUGGCCUUGGAUAUAUUUUGUUACACUUGUAAUACUUGGCUCUUUUUUUGUGCUUAACUUGGUUCUUGGUGUGCUUUCUGGCGAAUUCUCAAAGGAGCGAGAGAAAGCUCGAGCUCGUGGACUUUUCCAAAAGUUCCGUGAAAAGCAGCAACUUGAAGAGGAUUUGAAGGGAUAUCUUGAUUGGAUCAAUCAAGCUGAAGAUAUCGAGCCAGUGAAUGAUGAUGAACAAGAAGAUGAACAACAGUUCAAUGGUGAAGAGAUGGAUGAUGAAGGUGAGGAAAAAGCGGAAGAUUCACGAAUGUCGUGGUGGAAUAAAAAAUUUAAAAGAUUACAAAAAUUUAAUCGGCGAUGUCGCCGUGGAUGUCGAAGAUUAGUAAAAUCACAGACAUUUUACUGGCUUGUUAUCAUUCUUGUUUUGCUCAACACACUUGUCUUGACUUCAGAACAUUAUAAACAAGAGCCUUGGCUUGAUCAUUUUCAAACAGCUGCAAAUUUAUUCUUCGUGGUGCUUUUCUCAAUGGAGAUGAUCCUCAAAAUGUACUCAUUGGGCUUAACAACCUAUACAACCUCGCAAUUCAAUCGUUUUGAUUGUUUUGUUGUCAUCAGCUCAAUCAUUGAAUUUGUGCUAGUUUAUUUCGAUUUAAUGCAACCUCUUGGAGUGUCUGUGCUACGUUCAGCUCGACUUUUGAGGAUAUUUAAAGUUACAAAAUACUGGACUUCCCUGAGAAAUUUGGUGUCCUCAUUGCUCAAUUCUCUUCGUUCUAUUAUGUCCCUUCUCCUUCUUUUGUUUCUUUUUAUUGUUAUAUUUGCAUUACUUGGUAUGCAGGUAUUUGGUGGCAAAUUUAAUUUUAAUCCGAUGACUGCUAAGCCACGUGCGAACUUUGAUACGUUCAUACAAGCGUUGUUAACCGUAUUCCAGAUUUUAACAGGUGAAGAUUGGAAUACAGUAAUGUAUAAUGGUAUAGCAUCAUUUGGUGGUGUUGGUUCGUGGGGUGUACUUGUUUCGGUUUAUUAUAUUGUUUUGUUCAUUUGUGGUAAUUAUAUAUUGCUCAAUGUUUUCCUUGCCAUCGCUGUCGACAACCUUGCUGAUGCGGAUAGCUUAACAAAUGCUGAAAAAGAAGAAGAACAAGCAGAAGUGGAAGAAGAAGCAGCAGAAGACGAUUAUGAAGAUGAGAAAUAUGACGAAAAUGGUAAUGAAGAAGUGCGAGAUGAUAGUCGAAUUGUUGUCGAUGAGGAUGAAGAAGGCGAUGAUACUAUGGUGUCUGCUAGGCCAAGGAGAAUAUCGGAUUUGGCCCCUACUAAGCAACAUAAACCAAUUCCGAAGGCUUCAUCAUUAUUUAUUCUUUCAUAUACUAAUCCAUUCAGGGUAUUUUGUAAUAAAAUAGUCAAUCAUUCUUAUUUUACAAAUAGCGUUCUGGUUUGCAUCCUCGUAUCUAGUGCCAUGUUAGCUGCUGAAGAUCCAUUAGAUGCUCAGUCUCCUCGAAAUACGAUACUAAACUAUUUUGACUAUUUUUUUACGACGGUGUUCACAGUGGAAAUCACACUUAAAGUGGUGGUCUUUGGCUUGGUUUUACAUAAAGGAUCAUUUUGUCGCAAUGCAUUUAAUCUGCUUGACAUUCUUGUUGUUGCGGUUUCACUUGUCUCAUUCGUGCUCAAAUCAGAUGCAAUAUCUGUGGUUAAAAUUCUUCGAGUCUUAAGAGUGUUAAGGCCCCUUAGAGCUAUCAAUCGAGCCAAAGGGCUUAAGCAUGUUGUACAAUGCGUAAUUGUUGCCGUGAAAACAAUCGGUAAUAUAAUGCUGGUCACAUUUAUGCUACAGUUUAUGUUCGCCAUUAUUGGUGUACAAUUAUUCAAAGGUACUUUCUUCCGUUGUAAUGAUGAGUCCAAAAUGACCGAACAAGAAUGCAGAGGGGAAUUCCUGGCGUAUGAAGAUGGAGAUCCAAUGAAACCACAAAGAAUGCGACGAGAUUGGACAAAGAACGACUUCAACUUUGAUAAUGUCGUCGAUGCAAUGGAUCGGGGCCCAGUAUAUAAUGCUCGUCAAGCAGUUGCUUUAUUUUUUAUCACAUUUAUUGUCGUUAUUGCUUUUUUCAUGAUGAAUAUUUUUGUCGGUUUCGUUAUUGUCACAUUUCAAAAUGAAGGUGAACGAGAAUAUGAAAAUUGCGAACUCGAUAAGAAUCAGCGUAAAUGCAUCGAAUUUGCAUUAAAAGCAAAACCACAUCGAAGAUAUAUUCCUCGUAAUAGAUUUCAAUAUCGAGUUUGGUGGUUUGUCACCUCCCAGUUUUUCGAAUAUGUCAUUUUUAUAAUAAUACUUUGCAAUACAACAACAUUAGCAAUGAAGCACUAUCCACCUGACCCAGGGAUGGACCACAUUCUCGAUGUGCUUAAUUUAAUCUUCACGGGAGUAUUCGCUUUGGAAGCUUUAUUCAAAAUUAUUGCACUCAAUCCUAAGAAUUACUUUGGUGACAGGUGGAAUGCAUUUGAUUUUAUUAUUGUUUUGGGUUCGUUUAUUGAUAUAAUUUAUGGAAAACUAUCACCAGGCUCAAAUAUUAUUAGUAUUAACUUUUUUCGACUAUUUCGAGUUAUGCGUUUAGUAAAGUUGCUAAGUCGAGGAGAAGGUAUUCGUACUCUUUUAUGGACUUUUAUGAAAAGUUUUCAGGCACUACCAUAUGUCGCAUUACUUAUCGUACUUCUGUUUUUCAUAUAUGCUGUUAUAGGAAUGCAAGUGUUUGGUAAAAUUGCACUAAAUGAUGAGACGCAUAUACAUCGCAAUAACAAUUUCCAUACUUUCCCAGCUGCUGUUCUUGUUUUAUUUCGAUCAGCAACCGGUGAAGCUUGGCAGGAAAUAAUGUUAUCAUGUUCGGAUCGAGAGGAAGUGAAAUGUGAUCCAGCAAGCGAUGAAUAUAAGCAGAAUGUAGAUGCAAGAUGUGGUGUCGAUUUUGCCUAUCCCUAUUUUAUAUCUUUCUUCAUGCUUUGCUCAUUUUUGGUUAUAAAUUUAUUUGUCGCAGUUAUUAUGGACAAUUUUGACUAUUUGACACGAGAUUGGAGUAUAUUAGGCCCACAUCAUCUUGAAGAAUUCGUACGCCUUUGGUCUGAAUAUGACCCAGAUGCCAAAGGACGUAUUAAACAUUUAGAUGUUGUCACUUUGCUGCGAAAAAUAUCACCUCCAUUAGGAUUUGGAAAACUGUGUCCUCAUCGCCUUGCAUGCAAGCGAUUGGUUUCCAUGAAUAUGCCACUGAAUUCAGAUGGAACAGUGUGCUUUAAUGCCACAUUAUUUGCACUUGUACGAACGAAUUUAAAAAUAUAUACGGAAGGAAAUAUCGAUGAAGUUAAUGAACAACUGCGUUCAGCUAUACGUAGAAUAUGGAAACGCACACCACAAAAAAUGUUGGAUGAAGUUGUCCCACCAGCAGGAAUGCUGUCAAACUGA